AUGACCUAUAACGAAAAGACGGGGGCGGUGCCUCCGGUGCCGGCGUUGCCAUCGAAUCUCAACGCCAACGCCUGGCAUACGGUCGAUCUCCACAAUCGCGAUGAGCCUCAAAGCAAGUUAGAGCCAUACGCCCAUACGGCGCCGACCGUUACACCAUACCUGGGCCUCCGAGCGCGCCUCUCACAGCUUUGGUUCAACCGUUGGACCAUCCUCCUCAUCCUCGUGCUUGUGCGGGUGCUCAUCAUGACGGCGGGUCUGCAUGAUAACAUCGGUGAUGCCAAGACCAAGGCGCUUUCCGCUUGCACCAAGGUGGAGGAUAUUGGCAGCGCCAUGGCGUCCAUGCCGCACUACCUCUCCGUCGGUGUCAACUCGUUGGCGGCGGAUGGCAUCACCAAGGCUGUUUCGGGCAUGGUGAAGACGCUCAUGUUGAUCUUGACGGGUGUCGAAAACCUCAUCUUGUUCAUCAUCAACAUGUACGUGGGAACUUACGCUUGCCUGAUCGCGGCCCUGAUCCACGGGGGUCUCGAUGUCUCCGUCAAGGUUGUCGAAGGCGCGACCCAGGUCAUGAACAAGGCGAUCGGCACUAUCACCGGUCAAAUUUCCCAUACCGUUGAAGACGUCCAAAAUGCCAUCAACGAGAUCCCGGACAAGAUUUCUGGCUUCCUUGGCGGCGUCGACUUUAACCUGCCCAAAAUCGAUAUCACCAAAAAUCUCGACGACCUCAAUGACAUCAAGGUUAAUAGCAAGGACCUGGUCAAGGACCUAGUUGCGCUCAACACGACGAUUCCGACAUUUGACCAAGUUGAGAACUUCACCAAGAAUGCCAUCGCCAUUCCCUUUAACUUCCUGAAGCAGCAGGUCAACGAGAGCCUGGGCUCGUACCAGUUUGACGACUCUGUCUUUCCCGUCGCAAAGAAACAGGCGCUGUCGUUCUGCUCCGACAACUCAUUCCUCAACGACUUCUUCGAGACGCUCUUCAACAUCGUGCAGACGGCCAAGAUUGCUUUCGCCGUGGUGAUUCCCAUCCUAGCUGUGCUCGCCAUGGUCGUCAUGGGCUUCCUCGAGAUCCGGCGCUUCCGGAGGGAGAAGCAGCGGGCGCGCGAAUUCACCGAGCGCGGAUUUGACACGCUUGACGUGGUGUACCUUUCGUCGCGGCCCUACACGGGGGGUUUUGGAUUGUGGUUGUCGGCCAAAUUUAAGGCAUUCAAGAACCAGCUGCUGGUGCGGUGGACUAUUGCGUAUGGGACUUCGCUGCCUGCGUUGUUCGUGCUCUCGCUGGCCAUGGCCGGGUUGUUCUCUUGUCUUUGUCAGUUCAUCAUCCUGCGGUCGAUCCAGAAGGAGGCCCCGGCCCUCGCGAACCAGGUUGGCGACUUUGCUGGCGACGUGGUCGGUACACUUAAGAAGGUGUCAACAGACUGGUCUGAUGACGCCAACGGGGUGAUCAUCAAGCUCCAGGACGACAUCAACGACGACGUGUUUGGCUGGGUCAGCAACGCAACGACGGCUGUCAACAACACGCUCACCACGUUUGACGACGAAAUUGAUAAGGCCAUCACGGCCGUCUUCAAGGACACCAUCUUGCUUAACACAGCGCGGAACCUGGUCGGGUGCAUCAUCACCCGCAAAGUCGAGACAGUGCAAAAGGGUCUCACCUGGGUGCACGACAACGCCCACGUCACACUGCCCCUCUUCUCCAACGACAUCUUCUCGCAAGGCGCCAAUGCUAGUGUCACCGGCGACAACGAUUUGACGAGUUUCCUCGCGUCCCCAUCGACCGUCACCACUGACGAGAUCACAUCGGCGGUCAACGACGUCAUCACCAAGCUUGAGCACAGCAUCGUGCAAGAGGCGCUGAUCUCGACGGCCCUCCUACUCGUUUACGCUCUGAUUGUCAUGUCAGGCGCCACGAGCGCGCUGGUCGCCGCGGCCAAGACGGAGAAAACGCGGGCUGAAGGCGGCGAGCGGUUUGGUGUCAAGGCGCCGGGAAGCAGCGGGAGCGACGGCGCUCGCGGUGGGUUUGAAGAUGGGAGCAACAGCACCACACGACACGCUGAUCCCCCGCCGCCGGCAUUUGAUGAUGUUGUUUACAGCGGCCAGGUCAAGCGAGGGAGGCCCGGGCCGGAGCGGUGGCCGUCGCACGCGAGGAAGAGCAGUUACCCGGAGGUGGAUGAUGGUUACGACCGCUAG